AUGGAUCGACUCGACCUCCGCAUCGCUGCUCUUCCACAGGAGCUGCAAGACAUGAUACUCGAAUUCACGCUCGCCGCCGAUGAUGCACCAUCUUCGCCAGAAGUCAGGAUCACACAUGGCUAUAGGCCUCCACUUGCGCUGCAGAUCGACCGUGCUACACGUGCUACAUUCUCGAGCCACUACUAUUCCACCACUACAUUCAAGAUCUCUGGUCGCAGCAUCUGCUGCAUAUGGCUCGCAUCACUUGCUAAUGACACCAGAGCCAUGGUUACACGACUCCAAGAAGACGUCCGAUACUGCCAGGAGCAAUAUGGUCUGUACUUUCGCUUCGACAACGCAGGAAUUGCUUGGCACCACCGCUGCCGAGCUACCGGUAUCAGUUAUCAAGACAUCAGGAAGAAGGUCAUACUCACAUAUGUUCUGCUUACGGGCGAUGGACAAAGGGUCGAAAAGCUGUUGUCGCUGAACGCAAGCGAUAACGAACUAGGGGAGCUGCUGGACCUUCUGCCGCGGAGUAUUAGCGACUGA